AAUAAUAAUAAUAAUAAUAAAAUGGUUAAUUUUGAAAUGGGAUUUUGAGCCUAUAUUCGUAUCCGCCGGUCCGUACAGGAAUUGCAAAGCAAAGAGUUGCAGAAGCAGAGAGAGAGAGAGAGAGAUGAGGGGAGAGGAAACGUUGGUUGAAGCAGCGCUACGAGUUCUCAACACCGCCGACCCUUUCGAGAAAGCCCAACUCGGUGACUCAGUUGCCGCCCAAUGGCUUCAAGGAUCCAUUACGCGCCCCUACGAUUUGUCCAUAGACCUCCCCGUGCCUGACCGCCCCGCCAGGCUCUCCAACGUAAAGUUGGUGUCCCCGAGUCUCAUGCCCAAGCUUGGCAAAGCUGGGAGCUUGCAAAGCAGACAGGCAAUUGUUCAUAGUCUGACGCACACUGAAAGUUGGGCUAUUGACUUGUCUUGGGAUAUUAUUGCUCGUUUUGGUAAGCAAGAAGCGAUGCCAAGAGAGUUUUUCACCGACUUUGUUAAGGUGGCUCAGGAUGAAGGCCGUCACUUUACCCUCCUUGCAGCAAGGCUUGAGGCGCUGGGCUCUUCUUAUGGAGCUUUACCGGCUCAUGAUGGACUUUGGGACUCCGCUACUGCCACUUCUAAGGAUUUGCUGGCACGUCUAGCAGUUGAGCAUUGUGUCCAUGAGGCAAGAGGACUUGAUGUGCUGCCCACAACCAUAUCUCGUUUUCGGAAUGGAGGCGAUAAUGAAACAGCUGAUUUGCUGGAGAACGUGGUUUAUCCUGAAGAGAUUACUCAUUGUGCUGCUGGAGUAAGAUGGUUCAAGUAUCUCUGCCUGAGGUCAAGAAAUCCUGCUACGGAUCAAGAUAGGUUGGCAUCUCAAAAAGGUGCGGAAGAAAGUGAAUCUGAAAUUGGGGAGAAUGAAGAAGUAAUUAAGAAGUUUCAUGCUGUAGUAAGAAAACAUUUCAGGGGAGCAUUGAAGCCUCCUUUCAAUGAAGAGGCAAGAAAAGCGGCUGGGUUUGGCCCUCAGUGGUAUCAACCCUUGUCCAUCAAAUAAACCACUUUUGAAUGACCAUUUUCUUACCCAUUGUUUGACCAACACUAUGCAUUUCAUGUCUUGAGGGCAGUAAGUUCUUAUCUUAAAUCUUGUUGAAUGUCAGUAUUAAUUUUUUA